AUGCCGGCGUACUUUUACCAUCUCAAGUUCGAGCUCUAUCCCACACCUGUUCCUGAGAAACGGACCGCGCAUCCAACAAAGACGUCGGGUUCAGCAAGCAGCUCAGGGGUUUGGGCAGACACAACCUGGUUACCUCCUCAAGGUUCCGACAUCUUUGGCGAACUCCCAGCUCACCCGUUGACGACCACCUACUCCGACGAGUACCGAGUACGACAUACGGUCGGGAACAUAGACGAGAGAACGAAACCUGGCGUAAUCGAUUGCGGAAUAACCACUCGACCAGUAACGAGCGAAGACGAAGAGGUUAUCGGUGCGCCCAGUGAGAGGCAGCACCGACAGCGCACCCUAAGCUAUCCGCCUCCAAACGCCGACGCAGGUAUCAAGCCCGAGAUUGCCACCAAAGAUUGGCGGUUUGGUCGUGUGCGCAUUGAGAGUCUGGACGUCGGCACACCUCGGGAGGGCAACUACGACACAAUGCCCGACGACGGACCAUCAAGCUCAAACACUGCUGCCGUGGCUGUUGGACCAUCGAUUAGCAGUGCUGGAAAGGCUACAAAGGCCAGAUUUGUUCCCUUCAAAACAAAAAACACCGAGGUCGGCUGGGGCAUUGUACACCUCUACCGGGACGGCGAGGAGUCGCCUGAGCUUGAAAAUGCUAGGAGCACGGAAGAGGCUCGUAGUAGCCAAGAACAAACCACAGAUGUCGAUUGCACCACUUUGUGUAUACCGGCCGUGCCUAGCUAUUUGACGGCAAGCGACUUCUUGGGCUUUAUUGGUGAUAAAUGGAGAGACGACAUUAGCCACUACAGAAUGGUCAUGACGGGUCGCAUGAACAGAUAUUUAGUGCUAUUGAAGUUUCGGGACAGCAAGCGAGCGAGGCAGUUCAGGCACGCUUUCGAUGGCAAAGUCUUCAACCAUAUCGAGCCAGAAACCUGCAAUGUGGCGUGUAUCAAGUCUGUCACAUUCGAGACGCCCACCCGGCCGAACCAGAGCUUUCCAGAUCUCAGUCAUGACCCUUUUACACCAUCAAACACAUCAUCUGGUUUCAAGCCCCUUCCUCCUCCAACGCCAGAUCUAAUCGAGUUGCCAACAUGCCCCGUGUGCCUCGAGCGUAUGGACGACACUACAGGGUUGCUGACGAUACCCUGUCAGCAUGUAUUUCACUGUUCAUGCUUGCAGAAAUGGAGAGGCUCUGGAUGCCCUGUCUGUCGGCAUACGAAUCCUUCCUUGGCUGCUUUCAAUGAGAUGGACGGCAUGAGCCGUGGUCACUCAUCGUCGUCAUACGAUCCUGAAGAUCCGUAUCUUCAACCAUUCGGGUCACAUGUGUCUAAUUUGUGCUCAGUGUGUGACUCGCCCGAUGACUUGUGGAUAUGUCUGAUUUGCGGCAAUGUGGGCUGCGGUCGCUACAAGGGUGGACAUGCGAAGGAGCACUGGAAAGACACAGCACACACCUUUGCCCUUGAACUAGACACUCAAUAUGUCUGGGAUUAUAUGGAAGAUGCCUGGGUGCAUCGCUUGAUACGGACGAAGGGGGAUGGUAAAGUGGUGGAGCUUCCGGGUCACCGUCAGGACAGUCCUCAGAGGCGCAGUGAGGACGACGAUUUUGUUCCCAGAGCCAAACUCGAGAGUAUUGGUGUCGAGUAUACACAUCUGCUUACCAGUCAAUUGGACAGUCAACGCGUCUACUUUGAAUCCAAAUUGUCCGAGGCGGCGGAUAAAGCAGCCAAGGCAGCAGCGGCCGCAGAAAAGGCUGCAAGUCAAGCUUCACAAGCAUUGGCGGAACUUGGUAAACUGCAAGAAGAACAUCGUACUCUAAAAGAGACACUGCCUUCUCUGGAAAAAGAUAUCGACCGCGAGCGUUCUCGAGUCUCCAAGUCUACGGAUCUGGCCCGAAAUUUAGGCAAAAGCCUCCAGGAAGAGAAAAAGGUCAGCGAAGGACUGAUGGGCAGGAUUGAGCACAUCAGUCAGGAGCUAGAGGCGCUCCGGGCACAGACCAAGAGCCUGGAAUUGGAGAAUGCAGAUCUCAAAGAUCAGAACCAUGAUUUGACCAUGUUCAUCAGCGGGCAGGAGAAGCUGAAGGAGAUGGAGGCCGAGGGUCAGGUCGCUCAAGAUGAGCUGGAGGAGGGUACCGCCAGCGUGCCCGAAAAGAAGGGAAGGCGGAACAAGGGCAAAGGUCGUUCUUGA